AUGGCUUCCAACGGAACAACUGAAGAGAUCGAUCUCUAUGAGGUCCUCAGUAUCUCCAAGACUGCCACCAAAUCUGAAAUCAAAAAAGCCUACCACAAGGCAGCCUUACAACACCAUCCCGAUAAAGUUGCAGAAGAUCAGAGAGAAGAGUCUGAAUUAAAGUUUAAAAGCGUUAGCCAGGCAUACGAGAUUCUCCACGAUGAGGAGAAGCGACAUCUUUACGAUACCCAUGGCAUGGGCGCUUUCGACCCUAGUCGAGGGGGCGGCAUGGGUGGCGGAGUCGACUUGGAUGACAUUCUAGCUCAAAUGUUUGGCAUGGGCGGCGGCAUGGGCGGUGGUAUGCCAUUUGGAGGAGAAGGUGGCUUGCCAAAGCGACCACGAAGAGGACGCGACGAAGAACAAAAGUACGAAGUUACCCUGGAAGAGCUCUAUAAAGGAAAGACGGUCAAGUUUGCGAGCACCAAGAACAUCAUUUGCAGCCAUUGCAAGGGGACCGGAGGAAAAGAGAAAGCCAAACCACAAACAUGCGAGAGAUGUAAGGGAAAUGGUGUUACGGUCGGACUUCGUCAGGUCGGCCCGGGGCUCGUCACUCAAGAGAGGAAUAUUUGCGAUUCUUGCACGGGAACUGGGAAGAUCUUCAAGGAGAAGGAUAGGUGCAAGAAAUGUAAAGGGAAGCGUACAACCUCGGAAAAGAAGGUCUUGGAGAUCUACAUCCCGCGAGGCGCCCGGGAAGGAGAACGAAUCACUCUUGAGGGGGAGGCAGACCAAGUACCCGAUCAAAUACCUGGAGAUAUUGUUUUCACACUGGUGGAAGAGGAUCAUGAUGUUUUCCAAAGAGCUGGAGACGAUCUCUCCGCAGACCUUCACAUUACCCUCGCUGAGGCCUUGACCGGCUUCUCUAGGGUAGUUCUAAAGCACCUUGACGGCCGUGGUAUCCAGAUGACCCACCCUCAAGGCAAGGUGCUGAAGCCAGGCCAAGUUCUGAUUGUUCCUGGUGAGGGAAUGCCACUAAAGAAGACUGAUAUGAAAGGAGACCUGUAUCUCAUGGUCAAAGUCGAAUUUCCUGAACAUGGCUGGACUGAAGAUCCGGCUGCGUUUGCUAGUCUUCAGAAAUGUCUUCCAAAGCCUGAGCCACCGAUUGAGGCCACCGAAACCGACGAGGUCGAGUUUAAUUCGGACGCAGAUAUCGAAGAUUUCGGCGCAAAUUCGGGUGAUCCACGAGCUGGUGGCGCGUGGGAGGAUGACGAUGAUGAAGAAGGUGCGCAGGCACAAAACGACGACAAGAUGGUUUCUGCAAAGAAGCAUAUUCCUAUCGUGAAGAAGCGCACCAAGCGCUUCAACAGACAUCAGAGCGAUAGAUUCAAAUGUGUCGACCCAUCAUGGAGAAAGCCAAAGGGUAUUGACAACCGUGUCCGAAGACGGUUCAAGGGACAAAUGGUCAUGCCAUCGAUUGGUUUCGGAGCAAACAGGAAGACCCGCCACAUGAUGCCAUCUGGCCACAAGGCCUUCUUGGUCAACAACAUCCAAGAUGUCGAUCUCCUCCUCAUGCACAACAAGACCUUCGCCGCAGAGAUUGGCCACGCCGUUUCGUCGAGGAAGAGAAUUACCAUCAUUGAGCGGGCUAAGCAACUGGGUGUCAAGGUUACGAACCCCAAGGCCAGAGUUACAACCGAGGUCUAA